CAGUCAGGAGAGCAUGUUUCUCUCGAAAGUCCGAGCAGUGAGUCCGCGCAGUGUAGUGUCGACUCCGUGAUCACUGAUCAUGAUACAGUCACUCCUCUUGCCCUUCUUGUGACUCCUUAGAUUAUAAGGGACACUGCAGGCCGCAGACGUUUCAGAAACUUCUAAUUCGUGCCUCAUAUCGAACAAAGCCAUAUAAGUGCCAUAUAUCUUAAGACAUUUAACAAUACGUAACAAAAGUGCAAUACCAAUAAAAAGUGACGUUUAUUCUGUGAUAUAACUUGCCAUAAAUAAAAUGUCUUUGAAAAUGACUAGACGAAGCAUCGAAAGUUCUUCCAGCAAUUCGUCACCUAUGGGAGAAGACGGGUUAAUGUCACCCCCACAUCCCCAAGUUUCUUCAAGAGAUGGCUCUCCUACGAAAAUCUCGCCAAACUCUCCGCCAUUGCUUGCCACCAUGACACCUGUUAAUGUUAUGGAUUUAAAAAAAGAGAUGGAAGAAGAAAGUGCCAUGGGAGGAAACUCCUCAUAUGCUCAGGUUAAGACAGAAGUUCUGUAUGAAAAAGAGGAUGGUGAAAUAUAUGCUCAAAGUAUACAGCACAAAAAUGAUGCUCCAAUUGAUUUGAUAUACGAAGAUGGAAACAAGACAGUCAUUUACACUACUACACCUGAUCAAAAAGGCUUAGAGAUAUAUUCCGCAGAUAACUCUGGCGAAAUCACUAUAAACAAUAUCAGUACUCACCAAAUACAAGGGCAACAAAUCAAUGAUGUACUUAUUGAUGGUAGUAGUGGAACAAUGGUGAGGUCAAAUGGCGAAACUGUUGGUAGUCCUCCAGGGACAGUUUCCGUGGUGUUACAAGGAAAUGGUCAGGUUCUUCAAUACCCCCAUCAAUCUCAAGUAUCCGGGACAACUGUCUUGGUUCUAUCAGAAUUAGUCGAAGAUGUUGGCGGAGUUCCAGUUGUUGGAUUAACAAGAAAGCGUAAAGAAAAUACUGAAGCCACCUCACAAGGCGAUUUACCAGUGGUCGGUCCACGUGGUAUGGCUGAAUUGCCUGAGGGGGCUACUCCUCCCGAAGACCAGCAAAGUUGGAGAGCGUAUUACGAACAUCCUUUAACCGCUGCAACUACCGCCAUGCUAAACAUAGGAGGAGGAGCAGAAGACCAAACCGCUACAAUGGGACUAAUUUAUGAAUAUUAUAAGUUGCCAUCUCUGCCUACUGAUAAGGAUAAGUUAGCUGAUCUUUGGCAGCCGACUGCUCAGGCUGGAGGCAUCCUAACGUCGCAGCUAAAGGCAACCAAUGGAUUAGUGAGUGGGACGGGCUUAGAAUUGACGACUCCGCCCAUGAGUAGCGGCGGUCAAUUGAGCUCACAAGAGUUGCAAGGUUUAUUUAUUAACCAACAUAUGUACGCACAGCCCGCGGGCACCGCCGGGCAAAAUUUACAGAUCGUGAAACGGGAACCCGAAGAUCUGAGCCAUCACCGGAAGCUAGACUGCAGCUCACCUAGUUCCGGAAGCCUAGACAGUUCUAUUAUUAUAUCAAAACAAUCGAGACCGAAGGUGGUGCUGGUGUCUUCAAGCCAGCCGACGGACUUAGUAGUGGACGUAAACUCUAUAAAAGACGAAACACAUCGAGGAUUACACUCACCCCAAGACGGCUCUCGUUCAAUUAACGGUACACCUACUUCAACUCACAGCAGCCUUUUGGCAGACGGAUCCAACACGGGGCCGAUCGAAUUUAUUUCUACGGAUGGACUCAAGCCGACUAUGUAUACUACUCAGAUAUUCGCCUCCAUGAAUAGUACAGGCCAUAGUACAGGCAGUGGCACACCUUCUCCAACUCCCUAUAACGAUCACGCGAUACAAUACACUCAAAGUACAAUGGGUGUUGGUCCUGUCGGAUCUAGUGCGGCAAUUUAUUCAACAUCUGGAAGACCUAGUAGCUCAAGUGCAUUUUCGGUGUCCACAGAUCCAUACUACCGCGAAUACUUUACAACUAUUGCUUCGGGUGCGGGUACACCUGAACCUGUUUAUUCUGGGCAAUUAAGGCAGGGUCAGCUCGCAUAUGGAGAAGAAGUAGCUAGUGGUGGUGCUACUGCUAGUUUUGUCGAGCGUUAUGUUAGACAAGCUCAGUAUCAUGGAAAGGGAGUUAUUGCCGCCGCUGGACUUACAGUUGAUCUUCCCAGUCCAGAUAGCGGCAUUGGAACUGAUGCUAUCACUCCUCGAGACCAGAACACGCUGCAACAGUCAUUUGACUACAAUGAAAUGUGCCAAAAUAACUCUUCGUUAUUGGAUCCUUUAUCUCUAUCUCAACGAAGCAAUAGCAACUCCCAAAGUCCUGGAUCACAAAGCACAACACGAAGUCGGCCGUGGCAUGACUUCGGCAGACAAAACGAUGCUGAUAAAAUUCAAAUUCCCAAAAUAUACUCACCGUAUGGCUUUAAAGAUCACCUAGAAUCUCCAAUUUCGACAUCACAAAGAAGAGAGGAUGAUCGAAUUACGUACAUCAAUAAAGGACAGUUUUAUGGUAUCACUCUGGAGUACAUUCCUGAUCCAGAAAAACAAUUAAAAUCUCAAACCGUCAAGAGUAUUGUUAUGCUGAUGUUUAGAGAAGAAAAGAGCCCCGAAGAUGAAAUAAAAGCUUGGCAGUUCUGGCACGGCCGGCAACACUCGGUUAAACAACGAAUUUUGGACGCAGAUACAAAAAAUAGUGUAGGAUUGGUUGGCUGCAUUGAAGAAGUUGCUCAUAAUGCCAUUGCAAUAUACUGGAAUCCCAUGGAAAGCCCUGCUAAGAUUAAUAUUGCCGUCCAAUGCCUAAGCACCGAUUUUAGCAGUCAGAAAGGUGUUAAGGGCUUACCUCUACAUCUCCAAAUCGAUACCUACGAAGACCCUAGGGACAGCAACGUAUAUCAUCGAGGGUAUUGUCAAAUCAAAGUUUUCUGUGAUAAGGGAGCCGAAAGAAAAACCAGGGACGAAGAAAGACGAGCAGCAAAAAGAAAAAUGACAGCUACAGGCAGAAAAAAGCUAGACGAGCUGUAUCAUCCCGUAUGCGAACGGUCAGAGUUCUACACAAUGAGCGACCUCACAAAACCUCCGGUUCUAUUCUCACCUGCGGAGGAUAUCGAUAAACUUACCUCAAUGGAGCUUCAAGGCUUUUAUACACAUGAUCCGGACAAUUCUCUAACCGGCUCAGUGGAUCACGUAAAAGCCAACUCACCGUUCCUACUUCAUGCAGGGUCCAAGCCGCCUACCACCCCCACCUUAAAAUUCCACAAUCACUUUCCUCCAGAUGCUGACAAAAAAGAAAAUAUCCUAGACUCGAGCUUAUCAACGGAAAACUCGGUGUUUUCACCCCCUCUUAAAAGAACAAAACUGAUGAGUCAAAGCAGUGCUGGUCCACCGCCCUUAAAUGAGAGAGUAAUGUUAUACGUUAGACAGGAUAAUGAUGAUGUCUAUACUCCACUUCACGUAGUGCCUCCUACAACGCAAGGACUGCUCAAUGCGAUUGAGAAUAAGUACAAAAUUAGCGCUUCGAGCAUAAAUAACUUGUAUCGCAAAAACAAAAAAGGCAUUAUAGCCAAGAUUGAUGAUGAUAUGGUGGCAUACUACUGCAAUGAAGAUUUAUUUUUGUUAGAGUUUAAAGAAAGUGAUGACGAAUUAUAUGACAUCACAUUUGUUGAACUCAUGAAACACUAAAAUUAAAUUUUAUUUUGUAACUUCACGUACUUCUCAUUCCAAUUGUUGUGAUUGUUUUUAUACGUUACGAGCAAAGUGUAGAACUUUAUAUUUGUUUAUAGUAGGAAUGUUGAUUUUCUAAUUACUCUAUUGAUUUUUAAUCAAAUUAGGUUAUUGUUAGAUCUUUUUUUUUGUUAUUAUUAGUUUUUAUUAGAUUUGACAUGGUCAAGUAUUCAGCGCAUCUGUUAGAUUUUUCACACUGUUAAUUCGGUGAUAAUGACAUUUAUUAUUUGUUUGUAAAAAAGUUUUUUUUUUGUAUUUUUGUGCUUGGUGCAUUGGUCAUCAUUAUUGGUCCUUCUUAAAUAUUUUUUAAUUUAUAGUUGACAUUUUCUGAAGGCCAAUAAAUUUUUAUUUACCUGUGGCCGUCUUAUAUAUAUAUUGAAAUAUAUUUUUAAUUUACAUAGUAUAAAAAUUAGCAUCCUUGUAGCUCUUUGUGCUAAGUCUGUUGAAAUAGCAGAGUUGACGAGGACAGUAAUGAAACUAUUACGUUUGAAAAAAAAUCGGAAUUUUGAACCGAACUUCUUCAUGUUUUGCCAUUAGUCUAAGAUUUUAACCAUAAUUACAACAUAUCAGACAAACAAACUAAUUUUUCUCUUAUCGGUUGAUAAACAACAGUAGUAUUAACAAUUUUAUUCACAUUUAUUGAAAAACUAUUGAAUAUAAAUAAUUUUGUUGUGUGAGGCAAAUAUUUAUUUAAGACUAAAGCUACACUAUAGUAGAUAAAAUAGAGUAGACGGUCAAAAAUCGAUCAAUUUUUUUUGGGAUAAGUGGUGUUAUUUCCGUCCUAAAUCUGCUACUUUUAAAGACUUAUUUCCAAUUUAUUAACUUAAAUUAAAAUCUUUAUACUACAAUAUAGGUUUGUCGAGUAUACUUGUUGCAGUUUAUUCCACAAUGAUUUUUUAAAAUGAAAAACUGGAUUGUUUUAAUGUAUUUAUUAAAAAUAUUACAAUUAUGUUGCUGUGAAAACAUAAUUAAUAGUUAUCUAUAAAAUAUACUCUCAAUGUUAAUAUACGUGGUAUUCUUACCGAGUGGCACGGAAUUUUGAAUAGUUUUUUUUAAAUUACUUUUUUGUUGAUUAUUUGUUAUUUUGAGAAUUUGCCCUGACCUAAAAUUUAAAUUAGGGCUUUUUUGAUUAAUAUAAUGAAUAAUACUUAUAAUGAAACUUUGUUAAUUUAUUACCCAAUAAUCUAUUUACUUUGAAAUGUAGAAAACGAAACAUGAGCCAUCCGUUACGGACACCAUGUAUAAUUAACCAUGUAUAACAGUAUACAAAUACAUUAUCUUUUAAGCGUUUAUACAAUAAUAAUAUAUUACUACACUCCUUUAAUCGAACAAUUUUCUAUGAUACUUUACACUUAAUUUGAUUGGUCAAUCCAUAAAUGAUCUCAAAAUUAAGGUAUAAUAUGUUUUAAAAUAAUGGUCUGAAGAACACAUUAGACAUAAAGAACGUUUAGGUGUGUAUAUGAUGGCACAUAAAUAAGGAUCCAUUUCGUUGUAUAUAGCUUUAGGAUUUAUUUGUUGUAUAUAAUAUGCGUUAUGACGUAGAGAAAACACCUGUGGUGUUGUGAUAAGAACUUUUAUUUACCCAUGAGAACCUGAAGAAUGUA